CUCGUCCUCUCCGUCAUCGGCGGCCACUGCUGACCAAAACAUUGACAUCCUAACCAAUCUACCCACGACGGCUCCACGACAACGAUAGGUGCGAGCGCGCCAUCGUUAUCAAGCCCUCCCCAAAGAUUCAAGCUCAGGACGGCCCCUUCGCCCCCGUGUCGUCGCCAUCGCCAUCUCCGCGCGCCCGCCGAACAUAGCAGCAGCAGCAGGCGGCCACACCGACCCCGCACCAACGUAGCCCCCCACCCCGACUCGGACCCCCAAGAUCUGCACCGAGGUCAGAGGUCCUAGCCACCGACAGCUCGUAUAAAACGUAGGGAGACGGACAUCUCUCCACCAUGGCUGUUGACGCGGUGCGCACACUCGUGCGAAAGCUCACGGCGCCGAGCACCUCGCCGCUACUGCCUUUCAUCCCCAAGUACAUCAAGGUCCUCUUCCUCCUCCUCAUCCUUGCCAACUCGUCGUCGUUCCCAUUCCUAUGGCACCUCCGCGUCUGGAAGUACCCGCUCACGGCGUACUACAAGGCGUACACCAAGGGCGUGAACGCGUUCUGGCGCGGCUGGCGCAAGGAGGUCGACAAGCGCGGCAACAUCUACCAGAACAGGACAAAGAUCAGGCGCAUCGCCCUGUUCGACGACUGCGACUACAACAUGCACCUGAGCAACUCGUCGUACCCCAAGGCGUCGGACGCGGGCAAGAUGAAGUGGGCCAUUGACAACAUGGCGCCGUGCUUUGCGACUGGCCUCUUCAUGGCUCUGGGCGCCAGCCACUGGCAGUACUUCAAGGAGAUCCCAAUCGGCUCGACGUACACGAUUGAGACGAGACUGGGCGGCUACGGCGACAAGGUCCACCUCGUCACCGAGUUCAUCAUCUACCCCAAGGGCAAGGGCAAGGGCAAGCAGUCGCGCCCGGUAUCCGAGGCGCCAAAGGUCAACCCCAACAUGUCUGUGCCCCCCAGCGGCACCGACACGCCGGUGUCCGCCAUGGCAGCGGUUCACCCGCUCAAGACGCCCGAGGAGGUGGUCAAGAGGCUGGCUGCGCGCGCGCGUGCGCCGCGUGCCGACGGUGGUGUGGUGUGCUGUCUGGCAGUCACCGACUACUGUUUCAAGAUUGGCCGCAUCACCAUCCCGCCGCGCGUCGCGUUCCACCUAAGCCUGCUGAGCGAGGACCCCGACCGCCGGGCGCACGCGCUCAACAUCCUCCGGUCCAAGGACCACGGCGCGGCGUUCCUCCGUGGUGGGUGGAGAGACGACCCGCUCGCCGACGUCAUGGGCAAGGAUAUUGGCCCAGACGAGGAGGGCAGCUUUGAGUGGAUCCAGAACGGCCGCGAGGCCAUGGAGCUGGUGGGCCAGGGGCUGUCGGCGUUCUAGGCGCUGCCGUCGAGAACGAGCGAGCGCAGCGAGCGAGCGUGGGCAGUCAGCUCGACGCCGAUGGAACCCAACACCAAGUCACCACCCGCCUCCCGAAGUCAAUACAUUCACCUCUCGGAGACACGCUGCCAGGCAGUGAGUGCACAGUGCACGUCAUAGCCCCGCCACGCCACGCCGCGCCGCGUCGGCCUGUGCACGAGACAAGCGUAGCCAGCCGAGCCGUGGUCGUGGCGGUAGUAGUGUAGUAGCCAUAUGCAUAGUAAUAGCAGUUGA